AUGACCGGACAGUUCAUCAAAGGUGACGUCCAUGAGCUUUGGAAAGAUCUAGCAGAGAAGUAUGGACCACUUGUCCGAUUUGGCCCUGACCAAGUCCUCUGCACCGACCUUGAGUCCAUACUCCGAAUCACCUCUGUCCGGUCCGACUACCGCAAAAGUGACUGGUAUGAUCUGGCUCGGAUGGGCGAUGAUGAUAAUCUGCUGUCCAUGACGGAUAAGGAGCGGAGGAGGGAAAGAAGGAAGAAGGUUGCGCCUGCCUACAACGGCAAAGGUGCCGGUUCCCACAUCUUCAACAUCGAAACCGGCCUCAACCGCACCAUCGCCGCCUGGACGGAACUCAUCGACCGGAAAUACUUAGGCUCAGGCCCCAUCUUCCAGCCGCUAGACAUUGCCCAAUCCGUGCACUUCUACGCCCUCGAUUCGCUGGGCGAGAUCGCAUACAGCCAGUCUCUGGGCUACAUCGCCAACGACAAGGAUAUGAACGACGUGCUCAAGAUCAACGAGGCCACAUUUCCGUGGAUGUACCUCCUCAACAACCACCACUUCUUUUUUAGGGUGUUGCGCAAGUGGCCGUUUAGCAUGUUGCUUCCAAGGGCGGGGGAUAAAGCUGGGUUGGGUGCUAUCAUGGGACAUACAACAUCCAUUAUCGACCGCCGCUUUAACUUCUUCCACUCCUCCUCCUCCUCCUCCUUGGAAAAGUCCUCCUCUCCCGAAAAGAUACCAGUACCGCAAGACAUGCUCCAAUCCUUCAUCUCCCACGGUCUCACCCGCCCCGAGCUCCAAGAAGAAGUCACCGUCCAGCUCUUCGCCGGCUCCGACACCGUCGCCAAUGGCAUCCGCCUGUGUCUCCUCCACUUAUUCUCCUCUCCCCAAGUCUACCGGCGUUUACAAGCCGAGCUGGACGCCGCCUAUCCUUUCCUUUCCCAUAAAACGUGUCCUCCCACCCCAGGACAGGAAAGACCGAUUUCAUACUCCACUUGCUUGCAACUGCCCUACUUACAAGCUGUCCUCAAAGAAUCCCUGCGCAUCUUACCCCCCGUAGUAACAGGGGGGUUUUACAAAGACGUUCCACUUGGACAUGGACAUGGACAUAAUGGAGGGGAAGGGGAUACCAUCGCCGGGUAUUCUCUACCUCCAGGGACAAAAGUAGCCACGGGAGCGGCUAUCUACGCCAUGUGUCGCUCUAAGCAAGUAUUUGGGUUGGAUGCGGAUGUGUUUAGGCCUGAGAGGUGGUUGGAAGCGGAAGAAGAAGCUGCUGCUAGACUUGAAGACGAAUCGGCCGCUAGAACUAAUGUCCCUGAAAAGAAUGAACUGCUGGGUGAGGCGGGAAGAAGGCUAAGAGAUAUGGAGAUCACGCUGGGAUUAAUGUUUGGUCAUGGCCAGUUUGAGUGCGUGGGAAAGAAGCUGGCGAUGAUGCAGAUGAAUAAGGUUGUGGCGGAGUUGGUGAGGAGGUAUGACUUUAACGUGUUGAAUCCGAGGAGGCCGUGUAAAGUUGAGAAUGCGUUGAUGUGGUUCGUGAAGGAUUUUUGGGUUAGGGUGGAGAGGAGGUGA